AUGGGCUGUGAUGGUACUACUCCAAGCUGGUUGAUGAGUGUUGAUCUCUGUGGAAAAGCAGUUGACAACUUCAUCGUGGAAACCGAAGAAACUGUUGUUCGUAUUAAAAGCUUUAUCAAGUCUAUUACGGUCCGAUAUGUUGGAAUUUUAGAUACUGAAGAGUUUGAUUUAGUGGUGAAUGAUUUAUAUCAAUUCUGCUUACUUUCAGACAAGUUUGUUGUGAGGAUUCGACAACAUCAAGACCUUAGAAAGUGUGAUGUUGGGAUAAUCAAGGACUUUAUUCAGAGCAUUGAUGUAUUAAUGAUAAGAUAUGGCAGAACUAUUGAAUGGAGACAACUGCUUGUACAUGGAGACGGUGACAAAAAGAGUAUACUCAUUCCCAUGGAAUACAUUCGUCGACUCCCAGGAGCCAUUAAGACGGUUUAUGAUAAUUAUAACCCUAACACUUGCAAAGACCAUUAUUCUGCUAUGAGACAGCUUGGACUUCAAAUGACAAUAUUGAGGGCCAAUAGGUUAAAGGAAGAAUGCUACAGUAUUUCACUACCAAAAAUAGAAAACUGGCAACAACUAAAGGAGUCAUUGACUGAUGAUAAUAAUUAUUCUCUUGGUGAUCUAAAACUUACUCUGUACCUAUGGGGUACGACAAGGGGUUCAGGAACCAUUCCAGAAGUUUCAGCUGCUGAGAAACGAAUCAGGGAUGUGUGUGGUUGUAUGGAAGCCCAUAAGGAAAAUGUGUUGGCAUUCACAAGAAAGUUCAAGCAAAUUAGUGAACUUUGGUUACAAUUAUUGGUUGGCUCAGAGUGUGAGAUUCCCAUUCGAGGAGGGUAUAUUGAUUAUCAUGAUCGGAUCACGUCAAUGAGCGAAGACACAGGCACAUUGAUGGCCCAAAUGGAGGUUCAAGUUUUCUAA